AUGGCGCUUACCAGGAACAUGCCCGUCUGCCUCCGCCCGCGACAACACAACUUACACUCGGAUCAAUCAUUCUGCCCAACCCCAGAUGCGAUGGAAAGUGCUUUGGGAGCUGCUACUUCCUAUCUCAGCACAGCAACAUUCACCUGUCCUACAUCUUCAACUGCAAAGCGGCAGGCGCGACCGUCCGAAUCGCCUGAUAUCACCAGCACUCAGAGUUCACGCUUGCACAGCACUAGUGCAAGAGCAUCUCAGCUUGACGAUCUCCUCAUCAAUCAAAUCCGCAUCCGUCCAGUCGUUUCGUCUCUCCAUCACCCUUCGCCGAACGCUCGUCCUUCAGCUGAACGACGACCUACGAAUAACCAAACAGGCAGGUCCCGCCCAGCGCCUCGCAUCAAACUCUAA